GAAAGAAAGAAAGAAGGAAAGAAAGUAAGAAAGAAAGAAAGAAAGAAAGAAAAACACAAUAUUUCAUUUUAUUUGCUCAGUUUUUCUGACCAUUAUUGGAGCUGACCUGUAUUAAGACCUUUGGGGAACUGUUUUUUUUUGAAGUCCUCGAUCUUUUAGAGGUAAAAUGUUUUUUUCAGCAGAAAAAUGGCCUGCCAGAGGUAGAGAUGAGUCGUUUGGCGGAUGUGGUCUUGUUGAGGAUUUGCGUAUGUGGUCUCUAUUAAAGCUCUUGAGCUCUGUAGCAAAGCAUAUCACAUUGAAAGAGGAGAGCAGUGUUUGAGGUACUGUGUGGGACUCGCCUUUUUUCCCUUUCACAAAAAUUUAUUUCACCUUAAAAGAAGACCAACUUUUUUUAAAUUGUUGUUUUACAAGGGAAGAUAUUUCCAAGCACAAAACCAACAUAAUAACCCAGUACCAGCAAAGUCUCUGACUGUGGAAAAAACACAUUUGAUUAGUUAGUGUGAAUUAGAUAAAAUAAAGAUGAACAAAGUGGCAGAUUGGCUCGUGCAGAACAGGGACAAGAUUGAGAAAGGUGUGGAGAUCAUGGGGCAAGCUUCUGAAGUGCUUGCCUCCACUGUGGGCCAACUUCACCCUGUCUUGGAGGCUGUGUUCGUGGCUUCAGCCGAGAUACUCAGCAACCCAGAGAGCAAAGAGGCUCGCUACAUGCAGCAGCAGUUUGAAAUGGUCAACCAGAAACUUGAGGGGAUCCAAGAUGAGAUUGAUAAAAUUGCUCUGGAGCUGCAGAGGACGACGAUGAACAAGCAGAACUUUGAUCGAGAGGCGCAGAUGCUCAGCCAGUAUGAAAAGUUUCAGGACUUUGUCAACGCCAAGCCAAAGUUCAAGGAGAAGAAGAUGGAGAAGUUCCUCAGCCAUUACGAGAACACUGAUGGCGACUUGAACUUGGAUGCCCUCUACAAUGCUGUCACUGGGGAGAAUACCUCAGGAGACCCAAUGCUGGAAACAGUAGUCACCACAGAGGAGAGAAGCAGAAGGAAAGUUGAGGAUUUCUGCGCCCGGCUGAAGAAGCUCUUUGUGGUGGGCAUUAUCGCUGUCAUGGGCCAUGCUGCCCUCAAGGAAGGAGUUGUCGGGGAGGAGAUGGUCAAGAAGUGGCAAGACCGAAUGGAGGAUGUGGAGAAACGAAUGAAAGCAGCUGUGGAUGACUGUGCAGAGAAUUUUGCAGAUCAAGCCAAGCUGGACAUGGAGCACCUGCUUCAGGAGAAUCCCGGCACAGUCAGCACUGACUUCGCCAAAUCCCUUCUGGAUUCACUCGUUAAGAAAUACGACUGGGUGAACUGGUCCGUAAGGGCUUUCAGCGAAAAGGAGCGCAUUUUCUUUUUCAACUGGUUGGCAGGAAAGAAGUACCAUGGAAGUGGUGGAGCCAACUGGUUUGACAUUUUGACCAAGAACAAGAUCAAAGUGGUGAUCUCUUUCUGCAUUGACCCCAAGCCCAUUAACAAGAGUCAGAUCCAGGAGCAGAUUGAGCAGCAGAAGCUGAAGGGGGACAUGAUGGAAGUGGCUCUGUCUUUGAACAAGAGCUUCCCCAACUGCCUGGUCCAUGCUGUCAGCCAUUACAAGGAGGUGGUGGAGACCAACAACUUUCACGCGGAUUGUUAUUACUAUGGGAAACACAAAAGAGCCUACCUCUGUAUUCACCCCGAGUAGGCUCAAAGAAUAAUACAAAGUGUAGCUGCAUAUGGGAAGAUACGAUCUUCAGAUAAGUCAAUGAAUGUCUUCACCAAAUCCUGGAAAUGCUUUUAUAGAAAUAUAGAAAAUUAUUCAUAAAUAUUGUCUGUGUUGAUGCAUAAUCUGCUCUGUCUGGGUUCUGAUUUGUGAAUUAUUGUCUAACUUGUACUGAUUUUUAUUCUUUUAUUGUAUCUUUCCUCUGUUGAUAUCAUGCAGCAGCUUGAGGAUGAGCCAUACAUACAUCUCUCCAUGCCAGCUUCAACUUACUGUUAUGAAACAUAUAAUGAUUUUGUCCCCAAUUGGACAUUACUAGAGUUGGGCGAUAUGACGAUCAAGAGAUGAUAUCAAUGUGUCGGUCACCAGAGAUUUUGCCCUGCAGAGGUACCCUUUCCCUAUCUCUUAAAUAUCUCUGGGUGUAUCGGACGAAUGUAUGCAAUGUUGUUAAUCUAAAAGCAUGACUGAUUUAUCAAAUUGAUUUUAAUGUGAUCUUUGCAUUAAUGUGAGGAUGUACCUUGAUUUGUCCAUUUGGACUGGAAACAUUUUUUGGUUAUUUUGAGUUUCACAGCUCAUUGUGGACUAUUGAAAGCUCUAGAACAAGCGAGUAAGUGGACCUUGAGUUGAUGCUACGCAUUUAAAUGAAUACUUUUUGGGACAUACGCUUAUUUGCUUUCUUGGCAAGAUUGAUACCACUCUCAUGUCUUGUACGGUAAAUAUGAAGCUACAGCCUGGAGAUGGUUAGCGUAGCUUAGUACAAAGACUGGAAACAGGGGGGAACAGCUAGCCUAGCUCUGUCUGUCUCAUAGCACCCCCAAAACUCAGUGUAAAAGUGUAAAAACAACAAUUUUACAGUAUUUCACACUCUGGGUUUGAAGGGACUAAACAAACUAGAUUUAAGGUGUUAAUAAGUGAGUUUCAGAGGUGCUGGUUGACCAAUUUUGUUUACCGUUGGACAGUACCAGGCUAGCUGUUUCUCCAUUGCAUUCAGUUUUUAUGCUAAGCUAAGCUAACCAUCUGCUGCCUCUAACUCCAUAUUUAAAGGAGAUAUGAGAGUGGUAUCAAUCGUCUCAUCUAACUCUCUGCAAGAAAGUGAAUAAGCUUAAUUCCCAAAAGUUAUUCCUUUAAGUCAACAUGGAUCAGAAGACCUGAGGUACUUAGAAUAAUGGAAAGCUGCUGAUGAGGACUGUGUGAUAUGAUCAAAAGCUCCAGAACAAGUGAUUAAUUGGACUUUGAGUUGAAAUUGUUUUGUCACUUUGUUAUUUUUUCCAUUGAUAGUUUCUAAAUUGUUUUUCCAGCACAUGUACUUUCUAUAUACAACAUAUUGUAUAUAUAUUAAAAUAAAUUACAUACUAUAGAAGAUUUUUUUCUUAUC